AGAGAGAGAGAGAGAGAGAAAUAAAGAGCAGCGGGUGCUUCCGGUGUGAACUCUCGCAAGAGGAAGAGACGCGUCGGGAGGGGCAGUUACAGGAGUUCUUCCUUGAAGUCUCGUCUCUUGGCUUUCUAAAAAAACUAGUUCAACUUCCCCGGCUGAAACAUCACAGCAUUAUAGACCACCAGCAACAGAAUCAGCAGCAGUAGCAGCAGUCAGACUUAGAUGCCUCGCUUCCACUGUAUGCUGCUGUCAGUCAACUAGUAACAGGAGCUACUGCGUGAGGAGGUCACAGGCUCAGAGGACAUGGAGCAGGUAAAUCAGGAUCAUGUGAAGAUCGGAGAGGGCAAAUAUGUGACCAAGAAGUCCCUGCUGUCUCAUCUCAAAACUUACAACAUGUACUAUGAGGGGCAGUCACUUCAGCUUCGCCACAGAGAGGAGGAAGGAGAGGGGCUGAUUGUGGAAGGGUUGCUCAACGUCUGCUGGGGACUGCGACGGCCAAUCAGAUUACAGAUGCAGGACGACGUUGAGCGAAUCAGGUCGCCACCAUCACCUGUAGAACUGCCAUCGGAAGACAAGACAGACUUCACCAAGAAGGCUAGUCUGAAACUGCCCGCUAUCAAGGUCACUAGCCCACUGGACCAGUCAGAAGGCUCUGCUGAUGCUGAGGCCGAGUCCACACACAUCCAGAGGACACGCAGUGACGUGGGUGGGAGAAGGCUGGGAGCGAGACGCAUCAAGAGGCACAGGUGCUCCAUCAACGGCCACUACUACAACCACAAGACGUCAGUGUUUACUCCAGGGUACGGGUCGGUGACUAACGUGCGUGUAAACAGCUCCAUGACGACGGCCCAGGUGCUCAGAGUUCUGCUGAAGAAGUUUAAGAUCGAGAACAGUCCGGACGAGUUCAGUCUGUUCCUUAUUCACACCAGCGGAGAGCGUGUUCAUCUGAAAAGCACAGACCACCCGUUGGCCGUGCGGAUCAUGGAGGGCCCCUGUGAGCAGGUCAGCAAGAUAUUCCUGAUGGACACAGACCAGGUGGAGGAGGUCACCCAUGAUGUGGCCCAGUACAUCAAGUUUGAGAUGCCCGUGCUACAAAGCUUCAUCACUAAGCUAAAAGAAGAAGAGGACAGAGAAGUUCAGAAACUGAAAAACAGGUACCAGUAUAUGCGCUGUAUGAUCGAGAAGCACAUGCAGACUCGACACCAAACCACCACCUGUGUGUGAGCCAUUCCCAUCAGCAACACACACACACACACACACACACACACACACACACACACACACACAUACACACACAC